AUGAGGUCUGCCCUCGCGCCAGCGGCAGCAGGGGGGUGGGCGCACAUGUCAUUUGCAUCGCAGCUGCCGUCGCACUGCUGGAAUCUCACCACUGCUGCUCUCCGAUCCAACGGCUCUCAGCUGCCCGUGCCCUUCAACACCUGGUCCUCCUUCUCCUCCUCCCCCGCUGCUCCCACUGCCACCGCUGCUGCCCCUGCCCUUUCAACCGCCUCUUCUCGUACAACCUCCCCUGCCUCCGCUCCUGCUUCCUCCCCUCCUGCUGCUUCUGCUGUUGACACCACUCACAUUCUCAACUUUGUCUCCUCUCCCUCCUACACUCUCUUCUUCUCCUACUUCGAUCAGACCCUCUCCUUCCCCCACCUCCCCCCCUGCUUCCAGGCUAUCAUGGCUCCCCCUCCCUCCCUCCCAAACCCUUCCCCUUCCCCUCCCCCUCGCCCACCCCCCCGUCCCCCUCCAAGCCCCCCACGGCCUCCCCCAAAACCCUCACCUCCCCCCCGGCCCCCCCCAAGUCCCCCCGGGCCCCCAUCUCCCCCACCCCGACCUCCCCCGAAUCCCCCCAAGCCACCCCCUCCCCCUUCCCCUCCCCCACGCCCUCCCCCUCGCCCUCCUUCCCCCCCUCCCAAGACUUCAACCACUGGUAAGCCCCCUCCCUCCCCUCACCCUAAGCCUCCGCCCUCCCCUUCCCCUAAGCCUCCACCCUCCCCUCCCCCUAGACCACCCCCAAGCCCCCCACCACUGAAAUCACUCACAACUUCUCCCCCACCAAGACCCCCUCCCUCUCCUCCCCCCAAGCCCCCUCCAUUCCCUCCCCCCAAACCACCUCCCAUACCUCUGAAACCUCCUCCAAGCCCACCUAGAAAGCCCAGCCCCCCACCACCAAAACCCCCUCCUCCCAGCCCCCCCCCCCACCCAAGCGCAAGUACCCACCACCUCCCAAGAGGCGAUGGCGCUCUUUCUCCCAGAGAUGAGCCAGACUGGCAGGCUGAAUUCUUUCCCUCCCAACCCCUUAAAACCCCUUUUGUAACCACCUCCUAUGAAACCCGUCCCCCCACCUCCCCCGCCGAAACCCCCCUCUCCCUGGCCCCCACCACUCAAGUGCAAGAACCCACCAACCACCUCCCACAAAGCGAUGGCGCUUCUCCUUUCUCAGAUACCGUAUGCGGGCUGAAAUAUGCAUGA